AUGGCAUCAUCACCUGCUGGCGACGUGACCCCCAAAAGCAAUGGGCGGACAGGGAUCGACAGGACGGUCGAAGUUCCCGACUCAGAGACACGCCAGUCUGUCCGCGCAACCUCAAAGACACCGGAUGGACCAGAAGACCAGUCAACUAUUCUUGAAGACGACGUUCUGAGCUCACCUUCCGUCCCUUCUCCUUACGACUGGGAGAGCUUCGAGAGGCGAUAUGAAGAGGCACUUCUUCAAGCGGACGAUAAUGAGAGGGAGAUACUCCGGGAGGUCGAGGAUUUGGUCACGUACUUCAAAACUUGGGCUUCCGCCGCAUCGUCUCACGAUGACGAGCGAGCCGUGAAGAGACUACAGACGCGCAGACGCUUUGUGAACCUGUCAGAAGAGAGAAUGGCGCAGAAACAGCAGCAUUGCGCGUCGUCACCAACAAACUUGACGUUUACUAUCGACAUGUCGGCGCACCGCGACAAGCAUGGGGAGACAAAUACAACCUGCAAAGCGCCACAGCAACAGGUACUAACCAUGUUACAGGACGAUCUCUCUGCCUUCUUCGAGGCCCACUUCUCCGACGCUGCCAUAACCCAGUUUGGCGAGACGUUUGUCCAUCCUCGAAAUGGCGGCAACACUGUGGAAGAGAGUCAGGUCUACGAGGAAACUUGGGAAGGGGAAGAGGAUGAGUUGGGAUACUACGAUGAUGGGGUGAAGCGCACCUUGACUGACGAGCAAAUCGAGUAUCUUCGCCACUCUGAGCUACGGUCACUGCGGCGGCAGCAAGAGAAGGAGGCAGCAAUGACCCGAUACUCAACAACUCCUGUUUCGGAAGACAAUACGAAUUCCCCGAUGAAUCCGGCAGUGGCAGGUUCGGCAACCUUACCGUCUACCUUCCAAGGCAGCAAAAAACGGAAGAAGAGGGUCGGUAACUGGGCCAAUCCUAGAGCUGAGCCGAAACCUGACCUGCGGAAGCGAACUUGGGAUGUCGUUGACAAGGGCCUUGACACGCUGGAUUACGACUGA